AUGUCCGCUGUUACGAUGAUCCAAAGUCUUCCGCGGAGGUACGAAAACACGUUUCCGCCUAAUGAGCAGCAACGGUUCGGGGAUCGCGGCGGGAACCAUCGGCAGAUUCACGAGGGGCACAUCAUCAUCACUCCGGUCCUGCAAGACGAGCAGUCAUCCUUCGGCGCUCAAAUCGACGGAAUUGACUGGUCAUUCCCGCUUCCCGCCGAUGAUAUUGAAAAACUCAAGAAAAUUCAAGACAAAUACGGCGUCUUGAUUUUCCGCAAAACUGGCCUGGACAACAAAGGACACAUAGAAUUCGCUCAGAAACUAGGCCAGGAGCUUGAGAUCAACCCUUUCUUCUAUGGCAUUGAGAACGACCGCAUAGGUGAUCCACUACUGUGGGACGUUAGCAAUAUCAAUCUCGACGGCACCACUGUACAGCCCAACCAGAGACGAUGGGAUCACAGCUUAGGCAAUGCUUUGUGGCAUACGGACUCUUCUUUCCACCAACAGAGAUCAAAGUACUCGCUGUUACUAUCCCAUGGCAGUCCCGUUAAAGGCGGCUCGUGGACUCAUUUCGCUGAUACGGCACGAGCUUAUGCUGAUCUGCCCCGAUCCAAGAAGGAUGAGUUGGAGGAUCUAAUUGUCGAGCAUGACCUGUGGCACUCUCGCCGGUUGGCCUCCCCACAGGCCUUUGCACAACCUCUGGACAACGAGCGAGCGGCCGAGAAGUCGGCAUACCACCGUCUUGUCCAAAUUGGGCCGGACGGGAAAAAGACACUCUAUCUGGCCGCGCACGCCAAGCUGGUACUGGGUCGCAGCUUUGAGCAGAGCCAGAAGCUGAUUUGGGAGCUCAUUGAUCACUGUACACAGCCAAAGGUAACCCUGAAGAGAACGCCCAUAAAACUGUCCUGA